GGGCGGCACCUGCCGGGACGCGGCCAGGGGGAGCAGAGCCCGUGCGGAGCACGGGGAGGCGUGUGUGAAGCUCUCCAUAUAUACAUAUAUAUACAUAUAUAUAUAUAUAUGUAGCAUCUCCGCCCGGCUCCGCGGGCGCGGAGGGGAGGUGUGGGUGCAGCCGGUGCCGCCGGGCUCGCUGCGGCCAGCCGCGCCGCGCCGCGCCGCGCUGCGCCGCCUCGGGGGGUUGCAGGCGGGAGGCAGCGGUGGGCUUUCCUCGGAGGGAGAUGCCGGUGACCCCCGUUAGAUGAAACCGCGCCUAAAACACUGGGCAUUUCUGUCCGUUUGCGCAAGGCUCCAUAUUGACGUCACAAUGACACGGUGAAGCCUAAGACAGGAGCUGGGAACUGUUCUUCUGCCUCAGUUUUGAUAAGCCUGUGAAUUUGUCGACACUCCGUUCCUCCAGCAUGGCUAAGAGCGCGGAAGUGAAGCUGGCGAUCUUUGGUCGAGCUGGCGUGGGCAAGUCAGCUCUCGUUGUACGCUUCCUGACCAAACGAUUCAUCUGGGAGUAUGACCCAACACUAGAGUCUACAUAUCGUCACCAAGCUACCAUUGAUGAUGAAGUGGUUUCCAUGGAGAUACUAGACACAGCUGGUCAGGAAGAUGCUAUUCAGAAAGAAGGACAUGUCCGGUGGGGUGAAGGCUUUGUGCUGGUCUAUGACAUCACGGACAGAGGCAGCUUUGAGGAAGUGCUGCCACUUAAGAACUUGUUGGAUGAAGUUAAAAAACCCAAGAACGUCACUCUGAUCCUGGUGGGGAACAAAGCAGAUCUGGAUCACUCCAGGCAGGUCAGCACAGAGGAAGGUGAAAAGCUGGCCACAGAACUAGCAUGUGCAUUUUAUGAGUGCUCUGCUUGCACAGGAGAAGGCAACAUUAUGGAGGCCUUCUAUGAGUUGUGUCGUGAGGUACGGCGUCGAAAGAUGGUGCAGGGCAAGACUCGGAGACGGAGCUCCACCACCCAUGUCAAGCAGGCUAUUAACAAGAUGCUUACCAAAAUCAGCAGCUAAAAAGAGCUGUAUUAAGCUAGAGAAGCAUUAUAGAGCAUAUGAGCUUGGGGCAGGGAUGAAGCAAGCAGAGCACACUUUAGUAAAGGAUGGUCAAAGCUUUGCUAUUAAAAAAAUAGAAAAGACAAACCACACCACUGUCCUUUCUGAGUAACAUGGGUCAGACUUUUUUUCCUGUUUCAAAAUGUACUUAGCUUCUGGCUAACAUUAAAAACAAAACAAAAAAACUCCAAAGGACUAGAUGAUUGUGGGGAUUGGCACUGACAGAACAUCUUCUGCUUCUACAAUGCUGGAUCCAAUUCCCUCCAAGUUAGUAGUGCCUAAACAUCAUUUCCAACCAGCCAGCUACACAGUGGCCACUGGGGAGUAAGACUCAGUCCUCAGUCCAGCAACAACCAUCACAACUGAUAUGCUCAAUGACUGAAUACACUUAGAGGCUGCUGUGUUGUACCAGAAGUUUCAUCUGACACCUGUCACCAGCUCUAAACUGGCGCAUUGUGUGCUUUUACUCCAAGCUGUCCUUGCUCGUGUUUUUUUGUCAAAUCUUUGAGUGCCAAUGUAUGCAAAGUAUGCAAAAAAUAUAGGACAAAUAUUUUUCAGACCCUACAGUGAGUUUAGCCAGCAGGACACACAUUUCAACAGGUCUGAAGUUCAGUUGCUUUUCCAUAUCCUCUGAAACUGCAGACCUCAUCAAGAAAUAAUCAGCUUGUCCAGUGGCAUUUCAGCAUUUUCCCCUCAAAGUGCAGUGCUGUACUUGGGGGAAUUGGACUGUAUGUGCUGGGAAAUCAAACUAAAAAGAUAACCAUAUUACUAUUGAUUUAGUUAUGGGUAGUUUAUAGCUUUUGUUUACAUUUUUGCUUUUGGUCUUACUUCAAUUCAAGUAGUUCCUCCUACUCUGUCUUCUACUGAAAAAGAACUGAAACCAUAGGAAAGGCAAGCAUUUAAAGUCUCAAAUGUAAAUCAGAUGUAAAUGGCCUUUACUGUAUCAAAAGGCCCUAACUUCCAGCUGUUUAAACUUCCAGAUGUUGUUUGAAGCAAUCUGUGGUUUAAACCAGCACAGGGUUUUGUAAGUUAAUUUAGCACAUUCAAGUGAAAGUGCAUUUUAUCAGGUUUUGGUGCCUGGGAUACAAAGCAUGCAGGUUAUGUCUCUUACCAGUUAUAUUGCAGCCCUUUAGGCAUCUCAGUUUGGCGUCACGUAGAACCAUAGACAAAGGGUGGGAUGACAAAUGGGGAUAUUAGUUGUAUUCUCCUUUGAAGAGCAGCCCUCUCAUAGCAAACCACUCACAACUAUUCUCCACCGCUUUGCACUUUGUAUGGUUAUUUGCCUCUGUGAGGAAAGAACGCCAAAAUUCUAUCAAACACAAUUUGCCACAGAUGUAGGAGAGUGAGGAUAUUUGAUAUGAUAGCACUAUAUACAGUUAUAGUAAGCCACAUAAAUGGUGGAACAGACUGGAUAAUGAAGCCUGUAUAUCCCUGUGAACAGGGAGAAGUCCUAAGUUAGGCCUUUUCAGUAGGAUUGACUUAACGGUACUUCACCAAAGUAAAUUUCUUUAAAACAUUCUCUCAUCCACAUCUCUAACCCAAUCAACAUUAAGGACAUCACUUUCAAAUGUACAUUUUAUUUGGGCUGUUAUUUAUUUUCUCUGUUUACCCCAGUCUAGAUAGUGAAAAUUCACUCACUCUUUUGGAAUCCGUGUCUACAUUUUGCCCCCCAUAUUCAGGUAAGCUGCUGUACAUCAGCUACAGAUGCUGCAGUGGAAACUUCACUGUGUUGCUCUGGGCAGGAGUUUCUGGCAACAGAUGAAAUGUCUUUGACACAUCUGUUCCCAAACUAUUGGUCAUCUCUAACUUCUAUAAAAAGUCAGAUUUUGCCUUUUUAGUCCUGUUAGUAAUGCAGAAUCAAUACAAAUGUAAGAGAAUGAGCUAGCAUCUAUUUGUGCACCAGUAGUCAUUAGCUGAAGGUCUGAACUUGCAGUCAUGUAGGUUAUAACAUCAGGAGCGAGAGUGAGCAUUUGUUCAGGCACUAUUUUUAAAAUCAGUUAUGUUGCAUGAAUCUAAAACAAACAAAAUCUUUACCUGUAAAUCCCAUGUCAGUACAGUUGAUGAGGAAAGUCAUUACGUCAGUACUCUAAGCAACUGAUUUAUCCCUCUCUAGGACAAUAUGAACUGGUUUUUUUCUCUAAAAGCCUGUCUUGGGUUUCAGAGUAGAGCGACAUUUAAAAUACAAAAAUAUAAUAUAUGAAUUACAACAGAAAAUAAAUUAGUCAUAUUCAAACUGGGAGAGCUGAAAGGAAAGAGGAGCUAAGUUAUGGCCCUAAUAUUUUCCAAAAGAAUCUCAGCAAGUUACAUCUUUGCUUACACUGUCUGGUAUGGGGAAGUCGUAAAAUCCUGGUGAAAGAAAAUGUUCCACUGUGCAAACAUGACUUAUUACAUAAAGAACCUCUAAUAAAAAUAGUAACAUUCCUUUGCAAAGACUGAAUUUGGAAACUGCCGAAUAUGAUAAACAUUCAGUCAAAAAGGAGGCUUCUAUUUUGUGACCUUUCCUCCCACACAAACACAGAUUUCUUUACUUAAUUGCUCAUUAAUUUUUUUUCCUCUGUGUAAUGGGCUGCUUGUCAAGCCAGUUAUGAUAUAGAAUAUUAUAAUCUGUUGAUACAUACUACCUAGUAUUAAAUGCAAUCUGAUUUACUGUUGCUCACAAUGUUGCAACAUAUUAUCAGCUAUGCUAUAGAAAUGUCCUAUUUCUACAAUGUGAAAAUUGAGCCAAAAUGUGCUGAAGCAUUGAAAAGGCCAAAUGCAACAUGAACCCAAAUUCAGUAGCUUUUCCACAGCAGACAUGAACAGUUUAAAUUCUGUUUCUACUACUGCUAUUUAAAUGUACAUAUAUGACACUAGCAUUAAAUUCCUCUCUUCUACCCUUUUCGUUUCUGUGGGAAAAGGUUGAGAACAAAGAGAAACAAAAAAGGGGAAGAAAGGUGAGAUGGACACUUGUUUCCUACAACAAGUUGAUUGUCAUUUAUAAAGUUUUUAAAUAUUUAUCUUCAAUUGAUGAAGAGUUAGUCAUGCCCAUGCUGCAAGACCUGGAUCAGGAACCAAAACUUCCCUAGAACUUUAAGUAUCUUCAUAUCUGGGGGUUCAGUGCAACUAAUGAUGGAAGUGAGGAUCAGCCAUUAAGUUUGCACUUGGAUCCAGACAAGUUGUCCCCAAACCUGGGGAUAGUUGCAUCUGGCAGUUUGCUACAAGGCUAUUUGUUUUUUAUAUAUAUAAUGAUCUGUAUGCAUUUUUACAUUAAAAAUAUGAACGCUUGUGCUUGUAGAUAAUAUACAAGAAAAUAUAAAAAUAAAGAUAAAAAAUUA